GGGGGAGGGAGCACGCCCACUAAAUUGUUGUACACAGUCGAGAUAUUGAUUUUGCAGGCAGCCGAGAGGAAAACCAGCAACCGAGCACCCCCGCGCGCGCGCCACUCUUACGUUCUGGAAGAAAAAAUCGAAGAUUGCCGUGCAGCUGAAACGCCAAAAGGCAGAACGUGCGGAGCAAGCGAAGCGAGUGAAAGUGCCAGCGAAGAAGUAGAAUUGGAGCACUAAUUUUCCAUUUGUGCCACAGCUACCCCGUGACACUAAACACCAAAGAAGUAGCGUAACCCGCGCAGGGCAGCAGCAGCGCACCCCCAGAGGAGCACCCCCGCAGUAGCAGCAGCACCAUCAGAGGAGCACCCCCACGCAGCAGCAGCAGCAGAGGAAAAGUGCACGCCGCCAAACGCGUCGCGGCACCACCCAGGCACCACCACCCGACACCACCAACACCACCUCCUUAAUUCAUUCACGUUAAUUGGAGUAGGAAAGAUUCAGCAUCACCAUGGCUUUCGCUGGUCUGAAAAAGCAAAUCAACAAGGCCAACCAGUACAUGACCGAGAAGAUGGGCGGUGCUGAGGGCACCAAGCUGGACAUGGACUUCAUGGAGAUGGAGAGGAAGACGGAUGUGACCGUGGAGCUGGUGGAGGAACUGCAACUGAAGACAAAGGAGUUCCUGCAACCGAAUCCCACGGCCAGGGCUAAAAUGGCAGCUGUGAAGGGCAUAUCGAAGCUGAGCGGGCAGGCCAAGUCGAAUACAUAUCCGCAGCCGGAGGGCCUUCUGGCGGAGUGCAUGCUGACUUAUGGGAAGAAGCUCGGCGAGGACAACAGCGUGUUCGCGCAGGCGCUCGUCGAGUUCGGCGAGGCGCUAAAACAGAUGGCCGACGUCAAGUAUUCGCUGGACGACAACAUCAAGCAGAACUUUUUGGAGCCACUGCAUCAUAUGCAGACCAAAGACCUCAAGGAGGUAAUGCAUCAUCGCAAGAAGCUGCAGGGCCGGCGUUUGGACUUUGACUGCAAGCGUCGCCGGCAGGCCAAGGACGAUGAGAUUCGUGGUGCCGAGGACAAAUUUGGCGAGUCCUUGCAAUUAGCGCAGGUCGGCAUGUUUAACCUUCUGGAGAACGACACCGAGCAUGUGUCCCAGUUGGUCACCUUCGCCGAGGCACUAUACGAUUUUCACUCGCAGUGCGCCGAUGUGCUGCGCGGCCUGCAGGAGACGCUGCAGGAGAAGCGCUCCGAGGCGGAGAGCCGGCCACGCAACGAGUUCGUGCCCAAGACGCUGCUCGAUCUGAACUUGGACGGCGGUGGCGGCGGCCUCAACGAAGACGGCACGCCGUCUCACAUCAGCUCGAGCGCCUCGCCGUUGCCCUCGCCGAUGCGUUCGCCCGCCAAGUCGAUGCAGCAGGCCGUGACCCCUCAGCGCCAACAGCAGCCCUGCUGUCAGGCGCUCUACGACUUCGAGCCAGAGAAUCCUGGAGAGCUGGGCUUCAAGGAGAACGACAUCAUAACGCUGUUGAAUCGAGUGGAUGACAAUUGGUAUGAGGGCUCCGUGAAUGGCCGCACCGGCUACUUCCCGCAGUCCUACGUCCAGGUGCAGGUUCCGCUGCCCAACUAAGCUAAUCCCGAUCCGGUCUCCCAAUGCUACCCCCUAUCCCACGUCCCCCAGACCCAUAUAUCCCAUAUAAAAAUCGUAUCGUACUGGCUGAAGAAUGAGAUAUGUAGUAGUAGUAGAUCGCAGAUUGGAGAACAAUAACCUUACAUGUUGGUUUCGCCAUCAGAGGCGCAGUUGGACAGCAGCAGCAUAUGCAAAUAUAUAAAUAUAUAUAUAGUUGAAUUAGAGGCGGGUUACUACGGUUACGGAUUGCGGAUUGCGGAAAAAAAGAUAUUACGGCUUAGCUAGCUAGCACAGCAGCACGACAGAAGAUUGAUUCAUGGUGGCCAUAGAAGCAUAAAGCAAGCUAACUAAAUUUUAUGUGCGAAAAUUUUACCAGUUGGCAAAACAAUAAUUAACAAAUUAAUUACGAGUUAAAUUAAUGUACGUACGUAUAACUAACUAAAUUUACAAAAUGUUACGCGCGCAAUGCAAUGCGACACUUCCUUGCGUUUCCAAUUUUAAUUCUAAAACGUCAGCGUUCGAAGCAACCUCUUAGUGCUAAACUGAAAACUAAUUCAAGGCAAGAAGUUAUAUAUAUUUAAUUCAGAAUCAGCAAUAGGUCGGCAGAAGCAGCUCUAGCGUUCUUGCACAUGUAUUAAAAAUAAAAAGCAAAAAAAAAA